AUGUCGUCAACUGAGAACAUCAUUCCAGAAGCUGAUGUCUUCCAAAAAAUGACCUUGGCCGAAACAUCAAGUCUUUAUUUCAAGUAUAUGAACACGCUUCAAGUGUUCUGUCCUGUAAAGAAAGUAUACGGCGGAGUGCGAGAAGGUUGGUAUACAUGUGAUACAAUCAGGGGAAGCAACUCCAAACAAUGUGCGGCCUAUAUGAUAACCGAUAAAAACGUCACCAAGAGCUUCUUUGAAGAACUCAAGCAAGACUACAAUUGCGGGCGAAAUGUGAUAACGAAAAGGUGUUCAUUGUCAACUGCACAAGCGUCUCCCAUACCAGAAAAGAAUUCUGAUGUUGCAGCGCUGAAAGCAAAGAGCGAUGUUGAUUUCAUGGCGAUUGAUAUAGGUGGAGGCGAGGCUCAGUUACUGGAUUGGAUGUUAACACAGAAUCUGCUGCGAAACGUUCACCAACUCUUAGUAAACUUUCAUGGGAUCACUGCUAACAGCAGAAAAUCCGACUACGUCGAACAUCUCAAAGUUCUACGUGCCCUUUUCAAAGAGGGAUUCAGAACCUUUCACUUUGCAAGAAAUAUCAAUGGCAACUGUUUAUUUAAAAACAGAAGAAAAACUGGAUGCUAUUCUCUUUACAUGAUGCGACAAAUGCCGGUAAAAAGUCCUAUUGUAGUGGAUGACUUAGAAACUAUAAAGACCCGAUCGCUCAGAGAUUUAGCUGUUGUCUAUAAUAGUUUGCUGAUGUCAUCACAAGCACACUGUAAGGAAGUGGUCCGCAUUGGUGAUGUGGAUGACGGAGGAUGGGAUGUUUGUAAUGGCAGUGAGUACAGACCCUUGUCACCUUGCAUCGUCUACUCUUUUGGAAUUGCCGGAGACUGGUCGUUUGAUGACGAAAUCUCUAGGAUUUAUGGAUGUGAAGUUCAUUCUUUUGAUCCAAGUAUUGGAAAAGUAGAUCAUCAGCGAUCAAAUAAAAUCUCCUUUCAUAAUCUCGGACUUUGGGGCAAGCCAAAAGGAAAGCUAAGGAAAUGGAACAUGAUGAACCUGAAGGAGAUUAUUGAAAUGCUUGGACACACCGAGAAAACCAUUGAUAUCGUUAAAAUGGACAUAGAAGGAUCGGAAUGGCAAGCUAUUCCAAAUAUGUUAGCCACUGGAGUGUUGAAAAACGUUCGACAACUGUUUUUUGAAUUCCAUAGCGACCCCAAUCCAAACGAAAAGUUACGAUCGAAAGUUACAACGUUACGUGGUAUAAACGAUCAGGGAUUCCAACUGUUCUGGUCUCACCCUAAUAUAGUUAAGACUAAUGUUAAGAAAUUCUCUGUUACAGGGAGGCAGGUCUCAACCUGCUACGAAAACUAUUACCUUAAUACAAAUUUUAGACGUAAUAACUAA